ACGAUUGCGACGGAACGAAGGAUUGAUAGAGGAAUGUGGGGAAAGUUUGUAUUACAACGAGUUAAAAUUCAAUUAGAAGGUUUGGCAACAAAUUGGAUUGGAUUUUUAAAUUGCGUUAAUAUUAUUUUAUGUGACAAAAUUGAACUGUCAAUGUGAAUUACGGCGAAUUACGGUAACAAACCUUCCGAAAAUGGAAGUGCCAAGUGGUGAAUUAUUCGGAUACGACAUUUUGUUGGAAAUACCGUUUUCAAUUGAGAAGAAUUUGGUUAUUUUUGUUGAUUUAUUUUUGUUAAGUUAACAUUCAUUGAAAAUAUGGAAAAUAAUUAUGAACCUAGUGUUGGAUAUGCAAAUUUAAUGCAUAAUUUGCCUGAUUUUGUGCAAAAGCUAUCAGCUGAUUCGAUUUCCCCUGGAAGAAUGGCAGUGUUAAAUGACAAUUAUGGUCACCUUAGUUCGAGCGUCUCAAGCGUCACAGAGCGGCCACAUCUCUCUGAAGUGGCUACAAGCAGUGUUUGUACAGCCAGGCCAGUCCCGAUGUCAGUGUUGCAAUCACAACAUUCAGCUGAAGAUAUUAAACCAAAGAUUAAAGUUGAGGAGAGCAGCAUCCAACCAGCUGACUCUAACUCCCCGAAGCAGCCUUUUGUGCCGUGUAAGGUGUGUGGGGACCGAGCCUCUGGUUACCAUUACGGCGUCACCAGCUGCGAGGGAUGCAAGGGAUUUUUCCGUCGGAGCAUUCAGAAGCAGAUCGAGUAUCGCUGUUUGAGGGACGGGAAGUGCAUGGUCAUACGACUCAACCGCAAUCGCUGCCAAUACUGCCGCUUUAAGAAAUGUCUCGCUGUUGGCAUGUCUCGAGACUCGGUGCGGUUUGGAAGAGUUCCUAAGCGUUCAAAGAGCAUGGAGGAGGCGCAAGUGAGUUCAACGGACCCAUGUUUGGACCAGACUUCACUGGAGAGCAAACAGCUUGCGAUAUAUGACAUCAUCCUCAGUGUCUCUCAGGGUCACCUCGCAAACUGUGGGAUCACUGAUGACAAACUUAAAACCCUCCACAGACACCAUUCCACCCUGAUGACGAAGAUCGAGAUCCCGGAUCAGCCAGUCCAGUUUACAGAUGACGAGUUGGAAAAACAGCGACUUCUCAUGUGGCAGUGUUAUGCCCACCUCACCACUCCCGCCAUACAGAGCAUGGUUGAGUUUGUCAAAAGGAUUCCAGGCAUCUUGGACCUAGCACAGGAUGACCAGCUGAUCCUAAUCAAGACAAGCUUCUUCGAGAUGUGGGUGACGAGGAUGGCUCGAAUGUUCAACCCGGAGGAUUUCUCACUCACUUUCGAGGAUGGCAGCAUUAUACAGAAGGAUGAACUCGCUGUUGUGUACUCGCCAGAGUUUGUUAGUGCAAUGUUUGACGUGGCAGGAAACAUCAACGGGCUGAACCUGAAUGAUACAGAGAUUGGUCUUCUAUCCGCUGUGAUUCUUUCAACUCCAGGUGCGUUUGCUGGCCAGGCAACAGAUCGGCAUGAUGUGAAAGAUCAAAAGGCUGUAGAGGCACUGUGGGACCGACUCAUCGAGGCCCUCAAAUUGCAGUUGAAGCGAAACCACUCAACUGAGGAAAACCUGUUUGGAACCGCCCUUGUUAAACUGUCAGAGCUACGCACCCUUGGGUCACACCAUAACGAGCUGUUGAAGUACUAUCGAGCAAACUGGCAUCGAUGUGUAAUUCCCCCGCUGUUCUCGGAAAUCUACGAUAUUCCGAAAAAUGAGCAGCAGUUUCCUCCUCCACCUCCUCCACCUCCUCCACAUUAUGAUCAGGGCAGCAGCAAUACAAAUAUACCUCACUCAUGAACAUGGGAAAAACUACUUGCAAAACAUUUAUUACCUAAGACAUCAUUGAUUUGAAUUCAAUAUAGUUUAACUAUGUGCAACAGUUUCAUCCUAUUCCGUUCAGUUUUUUGUGUGCUUUUUCGCAGUAGUUCAACAUAGACUGUGUUUGGUCUGUGCUUUUUACCUGAUGCAGAAUGUGCAUAUACAAUGUGGUUAACCUCAGGCAUGACAGUGCCUGCAUCUGGCUAGUACCUGCACACCACCGAUAUGCUGUGUGUUACCUCAGGCAUGACAGUGCCUGCAUCUGGCUAGUACAUGCACACCACCGAUAUGCUGUGUGUUACCUCAGGCAUGACAGUGCCUGCAUCUGGCUAGUACAUGCACACCAGUGACAUGCUGUGUGUUACCUCGGGCAUGACAGUAACCGCAUCUGGCCUGUACCUGCACACCACCGAUAUGCUGCGUGUUACCUCAGGCAUGACAGUGCCUGCAUCUGGCCAGUACCUGCACACCAGCGACAUGCUGUGUGUUACCUCAGGCAUGACAGUGACUGCAUCUGGCCUGUACCUGCACACCACUGAUAUUAUGUGUGUUACCUCAGGCAGGACAGUAACCGCAUAUGGCCAGUACCUGCACACUACUGAUAUGUUGUGUGUUACCUCAGGCAUGACAGUUACUGCAUCUGGCCAGUACCUGCACACCACUGAUAUGCUGUGUGUUUCCUCAGGCAUGACAGUGCCUGCAUAGGGCCAGUAUCUGCACACCACCGAUAUGCUCUGUGUGUGUUACCUCAGGCAUGACAGUAACCGCAUCUGGCUAGUACCUGCACACCACCGAUAUGCUGUGUGUUACCUCAGGCAUGACAGUAACCGCAUCUGGCCAGUACAUGCACACCACCGAUACGCUGUGUGUUACCUCAGGCAUGACAGUAACCACAUCUGGCUAGUACCUGCACACCACUGAUACGCUGUGUGUGUUACCUCAGGCAUGACAGUGCCUGCAUCUGGCUAGUACCUGCACACCAGUGACAUGCUGUGUGUUACCUCAGGCAUGACAGUGCCUGCAUCCGGCUAGUACCUGCACACUACUGAUAUUCUGUGUGUUACCUCAGGUAUGACAGUAACCGCAUCUGGCCAGUACCUGCACACUACUGAUAUGUUGUGUGUUACCUCAGGCAUGACAGUGCCUGCAUCUGGCCAGUACCUGCACACUACUGAUAUGUUGUGUGUUACCUCAGGCAUGACAGUUACUGCAUCUGGCCAGUACCUGCACACCACUGAUAUGCUGUGUGUUUCCUCAGGCAUGACCGUGCCUGCAUCUGGCCAGUAUCUGCACACCACCGAUAUGCUCUGUGUGUGUUACCUCAGGCAUGACAGUGCCUGCAUCUUGCUAGUACCUGCACACCACCGAUUUGCUGUGUGUUACCUCAGGCAUGACAGUAACCGCAUCUGGCUAGUACAUGCACAACACCGAUACGCUGUGUGUUACCUCAGGCAUGACAGUAACCGCAUCUGGCUAGUACCUGCACACCACUGAUACGCUGUGUGUGUUACCUCAGGCAUGACAGUGCCUGCAUCUGGCCAGUACCUGCACACCACCGAUACGCUGUGUGUGUUACCCCAGGCAUGGCAGUGCCUGCAUCUGGCCUGUACCUGCACACCACUGAUACGCUGUGUGUUACCUCAGGCAUGACAGUAACCGCAUCUGGCCAGUACAUGCACACCACCGAUAAAGCUGUGUGUGUUACCACAGGCAUGACAGUGCCUGCAUCUGGCCAGUACCUGCACACCACCGAUAUGAUGUGUUACCUCAGGCAUGACAGUAACCGCAUCUGGCCAGUACCUGCACACCACUGAUAUGCUGUGUGUUACCUCAGGUAUGACAGUAACCGCAUCUGGCCAGUACCUGCACACCACUGACAUGCUAUGUUAGCACAUAAGCAAAAAAUAUGAAAAAUUAGAUAUGCCUGUUUGUUCAUUUAGGGUUUUCUAAAUUCAGGGAUGCAAGGCAGUGUCAGUUAAAGUGACAUCCUAUCAGGUUGUUUUAUUAAUUUCAUACCAGACAGUAUUCACUCUUUGGUGAUCUUGUCAUACGCUUGGUGAUCAUGUCAUACGCUUGAUGAUCUUGUCAUAUUCAUUCGUUGAAUUGUAUAUCAGUCUUCGAAUUGCUUUUAUUGUUUCAUUUUCUGUAAGCCUAAAGUUUUGUGUAAAAAUAUUGUUAUUCUGUAAAAAACAAAAAACAAAUAUGCCUAGGUCAUUAUACUUGUUAUGUAUGUCUUAAUAGGUAAUGAAUGAUAUAUCCCAUUCUCGAUAUAAAUUGUAAGUCUUUCUUGCCAAAACAACAACAACUCAACCAUAGGAAAACAGUUAAUAUCUGAAGAAGUUAAAUUCUUUUUUUGCAUAGGUCUAUUUGAAUACUUAAUUGUGCACUAUGUGAAACAUGCAAUGAGUUCAUGUUUCAAGGAUUGUGAAGGCGUAUUUGUAGUCAGCAUUAUUGUAGCAUUCUUGUGCCAUUAUAUUUGUUAAUACAAACACAUCUGUUGUCAUAAUGGAGAAUUUAUACAACAAAAGAAUCACAAACAUCUAUAUAUGUUUGAUCCCAAAGAUCUGUACUUUCUUCAGGUCCCUUAUUAAAGCUAAUGACUAAAUGUCUGUCAAUUAAUGGCAGGGCAAUCACUCAGUCACAGUUGUUAAAUAUGUUUUUUUCCCUUUAUCUUACAAAUGUAUUUCUGCUGUUAAGUAAUGUCCUCUCUUUUUAAGAUAAGUAUUGCGAUGUUAAAAGUACAUCUCAGUUCUGUACAAUUAUGGAUGUUUCUGACACCCCCCUUUCCAUACAAGAAUCAGUUUGUGUUAAGAAUAUAUUUGAGUGUUACCAUGUAUUUUGUUAUAUCAUUUAAUGUUGUUUGUGUCAUGAAGUAUAGCUUAAACAGUGUUAUCAAUAAGAACUUGCUGCCGGCCAAAAUUAAUGGUUCAAAUGGCUAUUGGACUAGUUCAGAUUUGGAAAAAUAAGUGGUUUUUAUGUAGAUUAACUAGAAGGUUAGUUUCUGUACUGUAUGAGACAGUUCAACCGGAAUUCAUUGAGAAGCUGCUUAUAUGAUUCACAUCAAAGUGUAUGAGAGAUAUAGUAUGUUCUACAUCAAAAUGUUGAGAAUUCAUGCUUAAUCAGUCACUGAAUGCUUAUUUGGUGCACAUAUCUCACCGCAGAUCAUACACGUAGCUUUAAUGUUAACCACACUGUGUUGUUGUACUAAUUUUUUAUUAAUGAUAUGCUUUGUCAGUCGUAAAUUCUGAAUUAAUUACCCUAAAUUUCCUGUACUUUCAUAUUUUAUGAAGUAAAUCUGAUUUAAAUUUGAAACUGACAAAAUCCAGUUUAUGACUAAUCUAUCAAGCUAUGUGUCAUAGUGUUUUAUAUAGAAACAGAAAUGUGUUAUAUCUUGAUAAUUUAGAUUAUUGAAACAUGCAUCCACAAUGUUCGUCCAUUCAAAUCAAAGUAAAAAUGCCCUUUAUCCGUAAUGUUCAUGAAAAUGCCCAUUUCAAGAUUAAAAUGUUCUGAAGUCAUUUCUUUCUGGAGGGGAAAAUGAAAGAAUUGUUUCUUUACUUUAUUUUUGCUUCUGUAAUACACCAUUUAUGAAGGAGGUAACUUUGAUCUCACUAUAAACUGUGAACCGGUGCCUGUUAUGUUGUUAAUGUAGUAGAUUUUAUUUUAUUUAUGUUAUGACAGCUUUUGAAUGUAAUUAUUUUGACAAGAGUAAAUGGUUUUGCUUUUUAAGUUAUUCCCUUUUGUAGAAAUGAUAAAUGGUAUUUAAAUUUGAAGAUUAUUUGAAUACAUUUAAAAAACAAAUUUUAUUUAAAAAUAUAUGACGACUUUGAGAAUUUUUUUUUAUUUAAAAUGUUAAUAGGUUUUAAAAUUUAAAAAUGUUAACGAUUAAGAUACAUAACAAAUUUUGCUUUAAUGAUUCUAAAUGUUAAUUGGGCUAUUAUCCUGCCUAGCGAUCAUUUACGACUUUGUUAAAGUCUGUGUUACAUUCAUGCCAUUAGUGAAUUGUUAUUAAGUAUGUUUUUCUAUCCCCGGUGAACUAAAUAUGUGCACAAUGAAUGUUUAUGUGAUCAGUUACUUACUUUAAUGGCACAGACUGAAAAUAUUGCUAAAAUAUAUGCCACAUGCGUAUGUUACUGAUGUAUUUUAAUAUUUACACAUGUUACACGUUCAUGUAUGCUUGUCUAUUAGGUAUAGUUAUGAAAUAACAUUGUGUUGAACUGUUUUGUGUUAUGAAAGAUUGAAGUGUCUUAAACAAAGAAGGGAUGCAUGCACAAGGUUUCAUUUAGUUGUGCGUAGUAUUUGUGAAGUUGAUGUGUAUAUUAUGUUAAUAUGUGCAUAUGUGUACUACUUUUAUGGCUACAUUUCUAGCGUUUACUUUUAUCAAGUCUUAUCAUUAAUUAACCUCCUAUAAACCUGUCAUAAACACAAGUCUAUGUUGAUUUUUGUCUGAAAGUUAUGGGUGAUGUAAAUACGCUUAAAUAACUUCCGUUGUUAACCUCAAAAUCAUAUGUUCGUGGCAAUCUUUGUUAGACAAAAAAUCUUGACUGAUAAUACCAUUUACUAACAAGGAAAUUAUUUGGAAAUAACUGUCAGAACAAGUAUUUCAUGAAAGACAAACCUCAGGGAAACCAUUUUGCUGUGAAGUACCUCAUUUUCUCACAGAAAGUGCUAAAUAAUUCUUUACAUCAUUAUAUGUAUGUGUUCUGUGUUCUUUAAACAUGUUCAGAAAGCACAAUGUUUGCUACAUAGAUUUGUAAAUUAUGACACAGUGUUUGAACUUCUAUCUUCCCUCUUUUAAUUAUGUCACAGUGUUUGAACUUCUAUCUUGCCUCUUUUAAUUAUGUCACAGUGUUUGAACUCCUAUCUUGCCUCUUUUAAUUAUGUCAGUGUUUGAACUUCUAACUUGCCUCUUUUAAUUAUGUCAGUGUUUGAACUUCUAACUUGCCUCUUUUAAUUAUGUCAGUGUUUGAACUUCUAACUUGCCUCUUUUAAUUAUGUCAGUGUUUGAACUUCUAACUUGCCUCUUUUAAUUAUGUCAGUGUUUGAACUUCUAACUUGCCUCUUUUAAUUAUGUCAGUGUUUGAACUUCUAACUUGCCUCUUUUAAUUAUGUCACAGUGUUUGAACUUCUUACUUAACCCUUUACUUAUGUCAGAACAAUUGAACUUCUAUAUUGCCUCUACUACAGUGUUUGUACUUCUAUCUUGCCUUUGUUACAUAUGUCACAGCAUUGGAACUUCUAUCUCCCCUCUGUUACUUAUGUCACAGCAUUGGAACUUCUAUCUUGCCUCUGUUACUUGAUGGAUAACUUUAAGAUGGUUGAUGGUAAAUUGGAAGUAUUCAUAGGAUGGUUGAUGUUAAAUUUAAAGAAAGAAAACUGUGUGUUGCAUUGCUAUGGUUACUAUACCCCAUCAUUUGUAAUUCCUUUUGAGAAAAAAUGGGAGUUUAAAAAAUGGUGUUUUUCAACAACUUUAUAAGCGAACUAUGUGCUGGAUGUGCUAUUGUUUUGAAGUAUAUUUUUCAGUGAUAGGAUUUUGCAAAGAAUGUCACUUUGAUUGAAAAACUUGUUCAACCCCUUUUACUUAGUAUGACAUAAAUUAUUGUUAUUAUACCGAUAUUUUGGCUGUACAAUACACUGUGCUUUGUCUGUAGUAGUGCUUUUAAAGGUUUCUUUCAUAAAUAUAGAGCUAUUUUGUUUUAACUUUGUUUCAGUUUUAUUUUCAGUUUCGCUUACAUGUUAUUUUGAUGUUCUCUAGAACUCAGUUGUGCUUUGAAUGUUACAAACAAGUGUUGUCGUCUUUUAUCCAUGUUAUGGUUAUCUAGUAUUGAUAUAUACGGUAGUUUGUAUCAAUUUUGCAAAGGUUUAAUGUGUGUUUUAUUUCAUGAAUCAAUCAGGCCGCCAAUUCAAAAUGAUGUGAAAUAUAAUUCUAUGGUUGCCAAGGAUAAAGUAAUGAUUAUGUGAAUUUUAAUGCUUGUGAAUAUGGCUGCAGUAAAGUACUUUCAAAACUCCCAUCAAGUGACAAAGUAUUAUUAAUAUUAUGUGAUGAGGAGAGCAUUUGGCUGUUAAUUGUGUUUGUGAUUAACGACAAUGAUUUAAUUGAUGACUGUGUUUUUGUUUUUCUUAUAAAACAUUCAUGAUCAACUUGAAACAUUAUUGAAUGUCAUGGUCAUUAUGUACUGAUACAUAUUAUUCUGAUGUCCUGUGUUCCAUUUCAUUGAAUACUGUACGGACAGUGAGUUUUUCCAUGGGAGAAGGUCUGUUGAAACUGAUAGUGCAUUUAUAUCUGAUCAUUUAAAGAAAUCAGUGAAAACAGCUAUCAGUUAUUCAGCUGAAAAUGCUACGUUUUCAAUGCAUUUUCAUGAAGCCUUUAGAUAUUUCAGUAAGAUAAAUAGUGGAUUAUUAUCUGUAUCAGUGUAAGAUGGCAGUAUCUUUCAUGGAAUGAGUACCAAAAGUUAUAUUUUGGCUCUGCCAUGAGUGAAAGUUUUACUUCAGUAUUCACUGGUUGAGAUUUAUAACAAUCUUCCACUGAAACAGUUUUAUUUUUCAUGCUUGUAGUUAGUUAGAAAUGACAUAUAAUUGGAAAAACACUCUAAUUUAGCUUAAUGACGUCAUAAUUGAUGUUUCAUCCCAGCACUGAGAGCAUUCAUGCUCGUUUCCCUUAGAGAAAUGGGCAAAAUGGUUACAAAACAAUGAAAUUAUAUAUAGAUUAUUUCACCGUUUCAAAUGAUGAGUUUACCAGAAUAUAAUUAGCCAUUAUUUUUUAAUAAAACCAACAGAAAGCACAAAAUAAAAAUAUAUAUAAUCACAUGUGUGAUUGUUAGAUGUCUAUUUUCUACAUUUUAUUUUCAUGAGAUGAUUUAUAUAUAUAACUUAUACCGGUAUCAUUAUUCUUCCAUUAGGGCACACAUGUAUAUUUGGGUGAUGGCAGUUCAUUCCUGGGCUAACAAUGACUAUGUUCAACACUAGUUUCCUCAAAUAAAAUGAAUGAUUAUUUGAACCUGUCAAAGUAAUCCCAUAACUGUUAUUCAAUAAGGGCAAUUGUAUUUUAUAAUAACUGAUUUGUUACAAAAUAAAUUGCUUACCCAUGGAUUCAUAGGUUCUUUACUUGCUUAUACACCAGGUACAUGUGUACCUUAAAUGUGUUAGUGCACAAGUGAUUUUAUAUCAUUUUCAUGUGUCAGGUAUAUAGGUUGCAAAAAAAUCAUUAGCCAUAUUUUCUUGAUAUCAAAUGUACAGUUUCCUACGUGUUCAUUCUGUAAAGUACAAGUUCCGAUUUUAACUGUGGAAUUAAUUAUGAUAUACUUAUAAUGUGAUUUUUAUUAGUUUAGUUUGCAAGAUAAUUCAUUAUAUGAAUGGGAACUCUAUUUUUAAUCAUUUGUGCUAAUAUCAUAAUGGCAAAUCUUAGGAAAUAACUUUCAUGAACAUCAUCGCACAAAAAGUAUAAAAGUGAAUAGCUUUGAAGCAGAUUGUGAGUGUUUAUGAAUACCGGUAAAGUAAUUCUUAAAACCAGCAUUUUAAAAGCUAGUGUUGAUCACUAGAUUUUUUUUUUUAUUGAUUUUAUGUUAUGUUUCAAUGUAUUUGAUGCAUUGUAUAUUGCAACUGUGUUGUCACCUUUUACUGUAUACCGGUACCUUGAUUUAUUUUACUGUUGUUGUUGUAAAUUUUUAGGAGUAUUUCAUUUAUACAUGUACAACCAUUUAUUGUAGCAAAUGUGUUUAUGCCAUUUACCGAAAAAGUUCCAUCGCUUCAUACAUGUAUUUACAUCGGUAGAUACUUUGUGUAAGGUUAUUCACUUUAAAAACUUAUCAUAAUAAAGA